AUGGGGAAAAAUGAUCGGGAUACCAUAUUGGAAUACACCCAUGAAUACGAGAUGGACGAUCGGAUCAUGUAUUUCGAUGUGGAUUAUUUGACUAACGAAGAGGGAAGAUUGAAGAUCAUCGAGAUUACUCUGAUCCUGUUGGCCUUAUUGCUAUGUUCUGAGAUCCGAGGAGUCAGCGGAGAAAAGAAUCUGACUAUGGCCAUCUCUGUGGGGGUCAUUCUGAUUACUUUUACUAUUUGGAUUGCCAAGAUUUUCACUUUGCAUAAGCAAUUGACUCCCAAACAUUGGUUUUACAUGGUGGGUUUUGAUGUCGCAGUCUUUAUGCUCCUCUUGCAACUAUUUUCUUUCCAGGAAGCCCUAAUAUACAUCUUUGUGGUAUUUGCUCUUCUUGUUGCUACUUCUUACAUGGGAUUCUUUGGAGUAAUCUAUUGGAAUCAGAGGAAUCCAGAGUGGUCAACCCUACCAUCACUGGUGACCGGAGCUCUCUUAGGGGCGAUCCUUAUCUACUCGAUCGAUCUUAUUGUUUUGUUCAGGAGAAAAAACAAUCGAACUUACAUCCCUGAUGUCUCCAGUUAUCAAUUGUAG